AUGAAUCGGAGCGAAGUGAGGAAGAAGGCCUCCAUGUAAGUCAUAACAGAUAAAAGUUUCUUGUUGAUGUUUUCUUAAAAGUACAAGAUACAGCUGAAUUAUUUCUAAACUUAGAAAACCUGGAGGGGGAGCCGCGUCCAUUAACAUGAAUGCCAGCCGUAAAAGCAGCCACAGUUUUGGUAGCAGAAGCAUAAGAACGAUCGGGGGAGGUUCAAGGAAUAAUCUGUUUAAUUCGUCAAGUCGUAAGAGCGUAGCGAUUGAUUCAAGCAGAGGUGAUAAACCACAGUCGAAACCUCCAGUGCAGGUAGGAUCGAGAUUUGUACCGAAAGAUAAACUGUACCCUCGUAUAGAAGAGAAUCAAAGGUGUCAACAAACUUGUCCGUGUUCAUAUAAAAACCAUGGAAUUGAUUAAUCGAUUAAUUGACAUACGACAGCUACAGCAUUGAUGGAUUUUUCCGUUCAUAAUUUAGAGAUUUGAGGUGACCUUAAAUUGUACGUACGGCUUUAGAUCGCAACAGAAACUUAAAUUAGAUCAAUUCGUAAUAAAAAACAAGGUAAGUUUUCCACACAGCCCGACAGUUCUUUAUGAAUACAGCUUUUGGAUAAAUAAAACAAUGGCGAAACAAUAGAUUGCCUUUAAUUUGGGACUGUGACGCUAUAAUUCCUGUACUAAAUUCUUUAAUUCCCUGUACUGUACUUCCAUGCAAAGGAUUUUGGAAAAGGAUCAUGCACAGGUCAUAAAUUGAUUCUCAAAGGGCACAAAUUUUAGACUUGAACAAGGUUCUAAGAUCUGUGCUUUUACGCUCUUUAAAGAUCUGUGGGAUCAUCCAAGUUCCUUUAGAUUCUUCACAGGUUUAUUUUUGAGGGCAUUGUAAAAUUGGCACAAACUGCAUUUGAUUCUUAGUAGGUUGAUUUUACUGUUGAUCAAAUUAUCUCUUGGUCAAAGGUGUUUGAUGACAUGGGGCAAGAUGUCACUCCAAAGAGUCUUCUUCAAGUUGAUCCUGCUGUCAAGUGAGUUGUUUAAAUUGCAGGCAAUUUAUUCGUUGAUAAGAUGUGAUUAUGAUAGUUGCAAUAAUUAUUUAAAUCAAUAGUCAUUUUACAGUGAUAAGAAUGUGAGUAUUAAAUAGAUAAGAUGGAUUCCAUUUUGUCAUGCAUCUGUUCAGUGAUAAAUCAUAGAUGAUGUCAAAAUGCAGCAAGAACAAAAAACUGGCACAUAAGGCACAGGGAAGUGUGUCAUGUGUAAUAAUCUUACCUUAGCCUGCAGAGCAGACGUCUUAUUAGUGUGAGCUAACAUUACAAUCUCUUGUUCUUUUAUCCAACUGGCCAUGUUUGAUUUGGAGUUAGGGGGUAGGGCAAAAUCCUCACUUCUCCAACCCUACCCCUCUCCUUAUUUUUGACUGAUUACGCCCCCUUGGUACAAAUUUCUUUCUCUCUCCAGCCUUCUACCACAAUUAAAAUCAAAGAUGGUAGCCACAAUUACAAUUGCUCUGCAGGCUAAAUCUUACCAAAUUUUGACAUCAUCUGAGAUCUUUUGCAUUAUAAACCCACAACAAAAUGAAAUUUAUUUGUUUUAUAUGAUAAUUAAAUAAGCAAGAUGUUGUCAGUGGCAACACCUUCUGUGGGUCUGUCCUGUAACAGAUCAUAAGUAAGAACCAAGCAAAAUUUGUGUUUAAUUCAGUUUAUCAGAUAAAAUUAGAAUAUUCAGUAAUAGUUGUGUUACUAAAUUCCUCUCAUGCAUGGGUACAGUAUGAGACAAUCAGUUUGUUUUAAGGUGUUGAUUCAGUUGCAAGAUUGUGAAUUUUGUCAGCUGAGAGUUAAUGAGCAUCUUACAAAAUACUCAAGGUACUGUUCUGUUUUCUUAUUGAAGGAGAAAUCAGAGUAACACUUUUUUUACUGGUGGAGAAUCCAUUGCUACGGUAAAGUCUUUCCAUCUUGCUGUAGAAUCACUGCUUUUCUUAACAAUAAGAUACCCUUACUUAAUACAUUUACUUCAACCAUGAGUAACAUUAUUCAAAUGUGAUAUAGUUUUGCUUCACUGGUUUAUGUUGCAUGACUUGCACGACAGAAUCACCAUUUACUUUUCCUCAGUAGGCUCAAAAAAAAAGUAAAGAUUUCACUUUAUGUCUGAAAUCUUACUCUGGCCGAAGCCAUGAUCUGUAACGGCCAUUUCAAAUGACCAGUGUAGAGGGAGGGUGGCUGUUAUGAAAAGUUUUAGGUGCAAAACAUCACCCUGUACAGAUGAAAAUUAUGCUAUCUAUUUUGCAUCAAAUUUGAUGCUUUCUGGAAUAGUAAAAGUUUAUUUUUUGUAAAUAUCUCUUCCAGGCUCACGUUUACCUUUAAAAAACUCUACACAUUAACAUCAGUAUGCAUAUUCUCCAUACUGUUCUCUAAGAUAUUUCCCAGGAAGGUGACAAGGAGAAUUUGUUUAACAAUCAAGAGCUGCUUUAGUUGGUGAUCAUUUCCUUUAUUCUCAUGACAUUAACGUUUGAUUCAGAGGUGAUAUUGUAAGGAGAAAUUACAUGUAGAUGCCAGUCACACUCAGGGGUCAAGGAAUUAAAUAACUGAAUGACAGAAUUUCAUACAAAUCCUUUUAUUUCUUAUAGCCUUCCGUAGCCUCUGAAGUGACUGGUCAGUCCUUCUACGCCGCCAGCAGUGCCAGUAUGUAUGGUGGCUUCUCGCGAUCUGUGUUUGGUUCAGUGUCUGGUCGAUCAUCUCCUGAAUCAGUCAGCGAGGAUCUAGCUGAACCUAGCUCUGGCUUCCGCGACAAAUUUGCAACAUCUCUUGGAGGUAAUAACGUUAAUAGAGGAAGGGAACCAUGCAAGAUUUAUGAACAGGGGAUCCCAGGGCAGCAUCCCUUUAAGGGCAUAUCGGAAUUUUUCUUUCGGAUAAAAAACAUUACGCGCGUUUUGCAAACUGUUAAAAUCUUUUCAAGUAUCUUUGUGAUAAUGUCUAAAGAUUUACAACCAUCUUUUACCCUUACAGAAGAUUUUAAAUGACUGAAGAAAGGACCUUAGGAAAGAGGUCGAGGAAAUCUUGUUCCGUGAAUUUUAACUACGAAAUCAUUAAUACCUUUGUAGCGAAAUUUCCUUCCAUUUUUUUUUCCAGAGGUCUACAGCUGUAUUAUUCAUUAACAUAAAACGUGACUCUUCAUUUUCUUUUCGUUGCCUCUAGACAUUCAGACACGCCCAACUUUCAUUCGAGAGGAACUCACAGAAAAAGAUCUUGAUAAAAUGGUAAUGCCCAUGCAUUAAAUGUAUGUAUAAUGUAUAUUUUUAGUCACAAUGUCGCGAAAUUGGCUGGAUGUGUUUGCCGUCUCUUACAUCUGUACCUCAAUUUAGCGUAUGUUAGCAGCAUUGAUUUUCAAUUGGAAACUUAAAUAAUUUGCCGUCGCACUCUCUCUUCUCAGACCACGCAAAUUCUGUUGAUUUCGCGUUGUUGUUUUAAAGAAGACGGCAAAGGAAUGUACAAGCUAAGCUAUUGUCCUGUUCACUAGAUAUUCUGUUUUGCCAUCUCCUCAUAACCAUCGGCGUCGUGAUUUGCUUAAUGUAUCGCUUGAAUCGAGCCCCAGUCUUGAAGUUUUUUAAACGGAGUUUCGAGGUUUGAGUUUCAACCAACAGUUGCAUGAGCACAUCUUUAGACACAGCUGUGUAAAUCGUACUGUGUGAUGGGCGGCAUUGCUCAAAUUUAUGAGUAAUAUUUUAUAUUUUUACCAGGUUCACAUCACACUUACUGAAACAGAUACAAUCUGGAUGCUGGAUUUUCCAGGCACUUGUGUUGGAGAGGAUAAUGAAAUUGCAGAGAGCGUAAAGGAAAAAAACCAAAGAUAUGAUGAGGUAUUUAGACAUAUUAGCACAUGAUUGCAUUCAGAAAGAUUAAAUUAUCUUUCAAUACUCGCGUCACCAGAAUUAGACAAUUUUGCGUUCAGACGUUUCAAUCUGAUUUUGGAUAGUCCCGACGCAUUUCUGACAGUCCUUCCUUUUUCAGAUUGUUCCAACCCCCUCAAAGGCGGUCGCUUUCGUUUUGGCCAGUGUUGCCUUGUUUCAGACUGAUUUCGCACGAUUCCCUGAGGCUAUAACGUUUUCCCGUUAUUUCGGAUAGGUUGCAUCCGAUCUCGGACAUUUCCUUCCAGGUCGGAUCAUUUCCGUCUGACUUCGGACGAUUUCGUCUGAUUUUGGAUGUACCCGUGCACUUCCGUGCUUUUUCGGACGGAUUCGUCUGAUCCUCGGAUUUCUACUCCCUCCCUAUUGCUAUCCGGCCACCCUCGAUGCUCAUUAGGAUUAAUCGUUAACAAUCCUCUUUCAUUAUAUUUUGUGGUAAUCCUUCCUUUUCCUAUGUAGCUUUUAAAGAACCGUGUUGGAAACGACAGUUAUGUAGAGAGAGGGAUGCAGACUUUCAACAAUGGCCAGAAGAGUAAAGAAAUACAGUCUAGUAAAGUGGAACUUCAUGUGAGAAAUUUUUUGAUGUGUUUUUUUUUAGUGCAAGUUUGAAUGGGGUGUCGAAAGGAAACCGGGAUUGUUAUAAAUUUACUUACACAUUUCUCUGAAAAUAUCUCUAUAAAAUCUGCGUCAACCUCUUAACCAAUCACAUAUCAAACUCAAACUAGCUUGCGAGCAGCGCCUCGGCACCAACGUUUCUACGGGAAAGUUUGAGGCCUCUAGCAUGAGCGUGCGCUUGGGAGAAGACUGUAAAGGGUCUAGCAAUGAUUAUUAGUACAAGAGCCCCGGCCAACCUCUGUCCGACUGGUCUAAAAUCUUCCCCUGGGCGAAGGAACGCGCUUCUCGCCUCGCCACUUAGACUAAACCAAUAGCGAUUUUGUUUGGGUUUUUACUUUGGUGUUUACUUUGACUUUUAUUAGCUCAGUGUGAUAUUUUUCUUUGUUUUGAUCAGCCGUAGCGUUUAAUUUGGUUUGGUUACACGCCUUUCAUGACUCUGAUCUAACUAGGUGUUUUAGUGUUAACAACUGAGUCGAAAACGUAAACUGGCCACCGUAAAGAGUUAAAAGGCUGACGUUUCGAGCGUUAGCCCUUCAUCAAUCGCUCUGGAAGGGCUAACGCUCGAAACGUCAGCCUUUACACUCUUUACGGUGGUCAAUUUACGUUUUUAACUCAGUUGUUAACGCUAAAUUACCAAUUAUGCUCUCCCACCGACGCAGCACCACAGUUUCUUUAGAAACUUACCCCCUUUAUUCUAAAUAACUGAGGGCUCCUUUUGCCGCAAACACCCCAGAGAUUCAGAGUUCUGCACCACAUUUAAUGUGUGCAGAAACUUGAGUCGCUGAGGUUUGGCUUUUUGCCUCAGACGCCUUGUAUACUGAUUAGAUAACAAACUAUUUAGCAACAGGAGACUGUUGCGGUGAUAGGCAUGUUUCAGGCACACUGUUACUUCCGCCUCUGAUUACAUUCAAUAGUCCUCAAAAAACAUAAAAGAUUCAUAAAUCGUUAUGAUGAUUUUCAUUGUAUUCCCUGAUACAGGAAGUUGGCUGUGUGGCUUCAACUUGGGAUAUGUACGAUACGUAUAAUUCAGAGGAAAACAAACAGGAAGGUAUAUUUUCCUAAUCUUUCACGAAGACUCUGUAGCGAUGAGACGUUAUUUUUGCGAUUGCAGUGGCCUCAAAGGUGAAAAUUGUACUAGUUGCGGCAGAAUCUUUCCAGUCCUGGUAUUUUUUUCACUUGGAAAGGUUAUUAAAAGGGGUUAUCAGAGAUCUCCAGAAGCAAAAGCGGCCGGCGUUUACACCGAUUACAUUUUGUGUCUGAAGUGCCAACUACUCCAGUACGACAAAGUGGUUUAAGUCCUGUCUUGAUCUGAAAUAAGUUUCAAAUUUCCAUUUGUUUUCAUAUGUACCCCCUACCGCAAAAAAAAAAAAGAAAAAAGAAAAAAGAGAGAGAUCGAUUUAAAACUGCAAAGAAAACCAUUAGUAAAAGGUAAAUAGUUCCAUGAGGAAUUGAUGCUGGCACUCGAGCACUGUUCGAGUAUUUAUAGCCGGCAACUGUUUUUUGUUUUGUUUUUGUUCUUUUUUUAUGGCCGGCUACAAGAAAUUAUAAUAUCUCGCCAUAAUAAUAAAAAUGUAUAUAUAAAAGAACACUGGCUUAUUCUGAAUUUUUCAGGCGGCGACAAAGAUGAAGGAGAUGCGGAUCAUAUGGAAAGUCUUAGUCGGCCAGUCAGUGGAGAACGAACCAGCAGCCAUGAUGAUAAUGAAAGUGUGGGUUCUGUGAGGCCGGCCAGCGGAGCGUCAGGCAGUAUAACGGGUAAAUAGCGUUGUUACUGCUGCCAUUAUGAUAGAGGAGAUGUGGAGCAGGGCCUCACCAUUAGUGCUUCGGCACGAGUGUUUCUUCUCCUGCGGGAAAGUAUGAGGCCUUGAGCAACGGAAGCUGGCGAGAGGGUCUGGUGUAGUCAAGCAUUUAUAAGUGCCAGACCCCGGCAAACCUCUCCUUGGCUCGUCGCAAAUCUUCCUACAGCGCUUAUGAUGAGGAACUGUUCGUAAACUAUUAAUGAAGAAAAAUAGUACAAAAAACAUGAAACAUGUUUUGUUACUCAAGAGCAAAGUCUUAAUUUUUUUUCUAACAGGAAGUCGAGCGAGUAUGUUCACUUUUAAGAGCAGUUCUGUCGAAGAAGAAGGACCCGAGAGGACUGAUGAAGGAGCAACGGAGAAGGAGUUGGAAGACAUGGCUGCUAUCAUGGCUGAGAGAAUACUUCAGGUCUACACGCGUUAGAUUAUUUUCAUUCUUUACGCGGUUCGUCUCAAAGCUUAACCAUCUUUUUGGUAACCUCACGCAUGGAAUUAUGCACAGUACAGGGAUGCUCAGUGCAUUGAUAGGGAAUGGCCGAGUGAAGUUUGUUCGUUUAUCCGUUUAUUUGUGUUGUUUUCUCAAAAUACGACUGUCAACGUAAAAUCUCGCCCAUUAUUGGGGUCGAAAAAUGGAUACCCUCCCCUCCCUUCUUCUUUCCUGUCCCUACCAUCUCCUCCGUUCCUUUCCGAAAGAAACUUUGUCCUACUGCCAUUCGUUUGCACGUUUUUAUGGCCUAGUUAUUUGAGAGAGGGGUGGAGGUGGGAAGGGGGGUUUUCCACCUCAGAGAAACCCGAGCACAUGUGAACACUGCACUUGUUGAUAGAGUCAAAGCCUAAAUGUCGUUCGUUAUUAACUUAAUGCAUGAUCUAAACUCUCUUCAACUCUUUUUUCAGUCCGAAAGUAUGCAAAAGGAUCUCUUUAUAAUGGAGCGAGCCAUAGCUCUGAAUAUUUAUCAGCCCAGACAAGCAAGGUACAGGGGAUUGGACGUUGUCCCAGGUAAAUCUCGUUAUGUGAUUUCACGUAUUGUUAAACGAAAUCAAAAUAUUCCCAUAUGGAAGAUCUUUUUCGUCUUGUUACAAGCUUCGGACAAAGGAAAAAUUCAGAUUCCCCAUAAGGAAUCAAACCUCAGACCUUUGGAUUCCGCGCUUCGAUGCUGAACCACUGAGCUUCAGAGAACUCUGUGGUGAGCGAGGUCAUUUCUGGAUUCAUACGUGACACGCGUCCUGCAUACUGCUAGGACCAGCAAUGUCGAAAGCGUCAUUUUGCGAGAACUAAUUAGUGACCCACAAGCCGCCAGCGAGUGUGUUAUCGACGGGCCUCAAGAGCCUCUAUUGAUCAGAGUCUAUUAAAACUCCGUCGGCGACACAGAUUUCAAAACCUGUGACGCGCAAAUACAAUCUUAGCUGUCGAAGAUCGCUGCAAAUCAAAUUCAGUGCUCAUUCAAGUUUCCAUAUUCAAUUUAUUGCGCACUCAAGAAUUCCGAAACGUGCCUGAAGAUGUUCUUAGUAGCAGUGGCUGUGGAUUUAAGCAAUAUUCUCUAAUCCAUCGAAUCAUAUCAAAUGUCCAUCGAAUAUUUUAUUUAGUUCUCAUUCAACUUUCCCUAAACACACCUGGAGAGGUUCUCAAGGGCAACGCAUUCGCGUAAUAGUUCUCUAAUGCAAAAACUCUUUCAAGUUUUCUGAAAUGCGCUUGGAAAUGUUCUCAGUAGCAGCGCAUUCAAGCAAUAUUCUCCAAUCCAUUGAAUCUUAGCUGUUUUCCAUAUUUUUCUCAGUGCCUAUUCAAGUUUCUCGAAGCGCGCUUGCAUAGGUUUUCAGUAGGAUGCAUUUGAGUAACAUUCUCUAAUCCACUGAAUCUUUAUUUUCGUUCGUUAUCGCUAGACAUUGAUGUAGAAAAAUCCGAUGGUGAAGAAGCCAGUUCUGCUGCCGCUACGUUGGCACAAUUGGGACCGAACCUUCAUAAAUUAUGGAGCUAUUCCUGUAAUCUGACCAAAGGACGUAAUGUCAGCUGCCUAGCUUGGAACAAACUUAAUCCCGUAAGUAGUCAUCUUUUGAAAAGGGAGAUGAAAGAUUUGAGCCAUUCGGAGAAUUCAAACCUGAGCCGGGGACAUUUUUCUGGCUCGGCCAUAUACUAGGUUCAUACCAAGACUAUAACAAAAUUCUCGAACGUGAUUGGUGAUCACCAGCCCGAUUUGAGCACUAACAGGACAGUGUACGCGACAUGCUUAUAAUUGGACAGUGAAAGGGACUGUUAACACGUUAUGUCUGUGGAAGUGGACAGAACUUUUCUCCGAGUUAACUGUUGUUGUUGUUGAUGUUGUCGUCGUCUUUGUACAGCCGACGUCUAGUUUCUUUCUCAAAAUUUGUUAUAGUUUUGAUUAAUUGGUAACAGGACUUCGUGUCGUCCAAUUCUGUCUUCAAUCAUACUUGUGAUGGCAGACAGGAUUGGACUCCACUCGGUCCUGUUACCAUUAUAAAUGGUAUCGUCGAGAGCGUCGUCUGAUUGAUUGAAAUACGAAGGAAUCGUCCUCAAUGGUGAGCUCUAGUUAAAUAUUUCGCAGUGCUUCCUAGAUACCAGUUAGACACAUCUAUGAACCGAGCUACUAAACAGUUUGUUGAGAUCGACGUAAGUUUAUGGCGGUCAGUCUUUGCUCUCGUAAAGGAAUCUGAUCGCAGCAAAAUAAAUUUGAUGAGAUAGUUCAUUUUGAGCUCGGUGGUGUAGUAAAAACGAAAAAAAACCAAACAAACAUGACGACAACAGCAACAACAACAAAUGUAGCAAUUUAACUGAUAUUUAUGAUUUUAUUUCAAACAGGAUAUCCUUGCCGUGGGAUAUGGUGAGUUCGUGUUUUCUGAGCAGAAAGGUGGCCUAGCUUGUUGUUGGUCCAUUAAAAACCCUGAGGUAAUACAACAAAACAAUUUGAUUUUAUACUUGAAACGAAACCCAAUUUCAAAUCACGGUCUCUGGUGGGUGAUUUCACCAUUGUCCCAUUGGACACUAGUGUCCGAUUUUCGAUUUUGGGCACAAGUGGCCGAUAUUUGAUUGUCGAUUUUGAAAAGUAUGGCCGAUUUUUUAUUUUGGACACCAGUGGCCAAUUUUUUUUAUUUUGUACCCUAGUUGCCGAGUUUUGAUUUUAGACCCUAGUGGCCGAUUUUCAAUUUUAGACCCUAGUGGCCGAUCUUUGCUUUUGGACCCUAGUGGCCAAUUUCGGAUUUUGGACACUAGUAACCGAUUUUCAAUACAAGGACCCAUUUGUAUAUACUGGUGGGCGAGUUUAGACACUAUUUUGGACUUGUUACGACUACGUCUGGUGUUAGACAUUUUUAGAACUUAUUACGUCUUUUUAUGCAGUGUCUGAUGUCGGUGAAUAAUGUCCUAUUUUGGAGACAUCAGUUUCUGAUUUCGUCUUAUUUUAAACUUUGGUUUUCUCAUGUAGUAUCCUGAACGUAUCUUUCAUCUGGACAGCGGAGUCACUGCUGUUGAUUUUUCAGCGGCUCAUCCUAAUCUUUUAGCAGUAAGUAUUAGCUUUCUCAUCCACAACCACGAAGGCCUGGUAGCAAGCGGUCUUAUUAUUUGGGUUCUAACCUUUGUUUUGUUACCUCGUACGCUUUAACGAUACCAAAAGGACACUUCUUCCCAAAGAUAGUUCUUCCCCCCCCCUCCCCUCCCCUCCCUACUAAAUGGUAUUGAGGCCAAGAUGGGGGGGGGGAACCUACAAUGAAUUAGGGGGUAGCACUUCCCCUUUUCCUUACAUGCUACAGCAGACCAGGAAAAACUUUAGUGGCUAUGUAUUUAGUUCAAUAUGAAGACCUCCCUACUAAAUGGUAUUGAGGCCAAGAUGGGGCGGGGGGGGAACCUACAAUGAAUUAGGGGGUAGCACUUCCCCUUUUCCUUACAUGCUACAGCAGACCAGGAAAAACUUUAGUGGCUAUGUAUUUAGUUCAAUAUGAAGACUUACCCUUUUUUUUCUUGGGGGUGGUGAUGGGGGGGGGGGGUUCGGGGGGGUUAACCUUCAAUAUAUUAGCAUCUUAUCCAGGGCAAGAAGUAGAAAUUUUCUUAGUCAAGGAAUGCUACAGAAACAUGGAUUUUUUUUCAGCGAGAUACGCAGUCAGGCUCGUAUGUAGGCUCGACGACAUAUAUGUCACGGUUUUUUUUAUUUUUAAGUCCUUUAUUGGAGUUUGUGCCAGUAAUACGCUUUUUGUCUCCCGUCAGGUUGGCAUGUAUGAUGGUACGAUUGCUAUCUACAAUGUGAGAAGUCGGAGUGAUACACCGGCUCUUGACAGUUUGUAAGAACUAUAUCUUUUGUGAAUGUAUGGAACGUCCCUCCCUUCCCUUCUUAAAAGGAGAAACGAGAAAUACGAGAUCCAUGCUUUUCUUCUAUUGAUGAAUGUUACGAAGUGCAAUUCGUUAUCUCAAAUGCGGUGAUCUUGCACGUUAAAAACAAAAAAAAAAAACAAAAAAGACAGAAAAACACAAAAACCAGUGUCUUUCGAGCAGAAGUCCGCCCUGAGAUUGUCCUGAGUAAUGGACUACAGUCAAAUUUCAGGGCAAGUACUUGCAACUGACUGUUUGCGCUGGAAGAUGCUUGCGACUAAAUCAAGAUUUUUUCCUGGUAAUAUCAUACUGGUUCCUUAGUUGACGCGGAACUCUUAAAUAAUAACGGAGAAAACUAGAAAUUUUCAGACAGACAGCGGAGUCUUCUUCCCUUCAGCCUGUCAUUUGACUGUCGUAAUUAUUUAUUGGCUUCUUACAUCUAUGGUGAAGUUACGAACAGUUUUUGUUUGUUGUUGUUGUUUUUUCGGAAAGUGAGAGCCAAGGUAAACAUUCGUCACCAGUGUGGCAGGUUCGCUGGGUGGAUAGAGACCAGGGGUCUGGUGAGGAGAGAGACGAAAUUCUGAUCUCCAUCUCAGCAGAUGGCCGGGUUACCAAGUGGUCCAUAAGAAAAGGAUUUGAAUGCACAGGUGAAGAUUCAGUUAACUUUUUCGACUCCUAAAACAUGACGUUUCGUUGACUUCAUGUCACCAUUAUCAAACUCGAACACUGAUCGGCUGAUAAAGAUAUUGCUUUUUUCUUGUCUUUAAACAGAUUUAAUGAAAUUGAAACGGAUAAAUGUCACUGAAAAGUCGAAACAAGGAGGAGGAAAGAAGAGCGAUGCUUUGAUAUCGAGGUUUUCCGCUGGGUUCUGUUUUGAUGUUCACCCUAACGACUCCAACAUGUUAGUGCAUUUAUUUACAUUGACAAUUUCUGUUGCUGCGCUAUCGGUUAGAUCUCUCAUUUCUCGUGUUCAUGUCCAACGGAAUCAUGAUUUGGGACAACUGAUUUAAAGGGGGAUUCUUCUUUGGACACGUUUUUCGGGAGGGGCUACGAGAUACUAAAAUCCCAAAUCUUCAAUUUAUCAGCAUUCAUUUGGAAUUAUGCGUUAGGAAUUGCUUGUAAACAUUUGCCUGAAAACAAGCUAUUGGUAGUUUUAGAGUGGGACGUUUAUAAUUGAUAUUUUUAUGAACGGAGUAACUUUUUGAAAAAAAAAAUUGUCUGUUCCUCUACAGAGUAAGUUAACAGUUGAACUUGAAGUAUAUAUUGAUUUGAUUAGUUUAUUUUUUGUACCAGGUAUCUUGCCGGUACAGAGGAAGGCCACAUUCACAAAUGCUCUUGUUCUUAUAACGAGCAAUAUCUGGAAAGUUAUCAUGGACACACGGUACGUAACAGAUAGUAGAAAUGUUGAUUAGUCAAAUAACGGUAGUUGAAGUGUGAUAUUUGUAAACGAUAUUCCAAAUGAUACCCUCUGAAGCAAUGUAUUCAGGAAUUUUCAAAGAGUGUCGAACUAUAUCCAGGAUUGGAUUGCUUUUGCUUUACUUCGCUCUGUUGUUGAUCUGGGAAACUCUCUCCACUUUCUCAACCAAUCAUAAACGAAAUUAAAACCAAUCGUCUCUUGGUCAUUCUGGUGUUCCUGCCUUCCUGUUUAGGUGCAGUUAAGUUAGGACGCGGCGUGGCCGAGUCGUUAGGGCGCUGGAUUUGUAUUGUGGUGGUCCCGGGUUCAAGUCCUCCACCCUGCCAUUCACUGCAUUUGUUCUCGGUCGCCCCGAGUUCAACCCCUCGGCCGCGCUGUUUAAAUAGCCAACUGGUUUGCCUCCUGCCAGUUGGGAUUUUCAAGCACUCUUUUAUUUGAAAUAUUUGUUUCUUUCUCCUUCUUUCUAUCGGAUAGCGAUAGAAACAGCGCUAUACAAAUAAAAGUAUUAUUAUUAAGUGUUAUUCUCUGUGAUGUUUUCCUUUGACCUAUUUGGCCGUUCUGAUAACGUUGCUCUUGGUUUUACGACACUCAGUCGGAAAGCGAUGUAGUUAACGAUUACACCACGAGUUCGAGAUUUUUUUUAGACUGCAUUAAAUCGAGAGCGAAUAAUCCCCUUUCUUUGAUACAAAUCUGUUAAUUUAGUGAUGGAGCAUCUGUCGAAAUGUGCUCCAACACACACAUUUAUGCUUUGCUACUAAAGCUGAGAUAUAGGUAUCUAACACCGAGGUUUUCAUGUAGGGUCCAGUGUACCGCAUGCAGUGGUCUCCGUUCUUGUCUGACGCCUUCCUAAGUUGCAGUGCUGAUUGGAGCAUUAGGCUGUGGCAUCAGGAUAAACGACAGCCUAUCAUGUCAUUCUUUUCCUCCACUGUAAGUAACACAUACAGGUUCAUUGUGCUGAUGGUAGUUAAUUAGAUUGAUUAAUGAGAUCGGACUCCUCGAUUUAGAACCCCCGACAAGUAUAUUGGAAUUUUCCUUUAACUACUCAGACUACGCUCUCGACAUUGCAAUUUGUAAUGGUAAGAAGACCGAGUGGAGUCCAUUUUGGUCCGUAAGCAUACGAGUGAUUAACAAAAUCGGACGACCGCAAAACAGGAGUCCGAUUUGUUAAUUACGAGUAUGAUUACAGACAGAAUUGGACGACACAAAGUCCUGUUACAAAUAAUUCAAAACUUUGACAAAAGUAAAGGGACUCAUUACCUUUCGGUUAAAAAUUUUCAUAAGUUAAGAAAUAUUAGUUUAAUUUUUUUCCACAUAAAAUAAACCCCAUUAGUCUAUAUAACAACGUGCGCAGAAGGCGCAUUCUAUUUAAUGGCAAGGUACCGCCCUAUUAAUGUUCAAAUCUGGCUUCUGAUAAUCAGUCAGGUUUGAGAAUUUUGGUAAAUUUUUUUUUGUUUGUUUCUUUGCAGAAAUCAGUAAAUGACAUCUGUUGGUCACCUUCAUCAGCUACUCUGUUCGCAUGCGUGAAUGAUAAGGCCGUAGAGAUCUGGGAUUUAAGCCUUAACACGUAAGCAACUAUUACAGUGGAGAUAUAUCUAGUUAUACUAUAAAUUGAGUGACACGCGCUCUGUAAUUGGUCGUUGCUCCUGAUGUAAAUGUUACAAAUUGCAAGCAGCGUCAAAGGGUGCUAAGCGCGGGAAAACAUGCCAGGGACGCCAGGCACGGGAAAUGCACGACAAAUUCCAAUUCAUAUGCAGAAAAUAUGCAGUUUGUGCCAGGCGUGGGAAAACAACAACGAUUGCCAAGCGCGAGAAAACAAGCAGCGAUUAGCAAGCGCGGGAAAACAAGCAACGAUUGCCAAGUGCGGGAAAACAAGCAACGAUUGCCAAGCGCAGGAAAACAAGCAACAAUUACUAAGCGCGGGAAAACAAGCAACGAUUGCCAAGCGCGGGAAAACAAGCAACGAUUGCUAAGCGCGGGGAAAACAAGCAACGAUUACCAAGCGCGGGAAAACAAGCCACAGGUGUGAAGCGGUGGAAAACAAUCGAUGGGUUGCGCGAGCGUAAAAAUAAUUCCAUGAAUGUUAAGGGCACGCUCGUUACUGAAAAAGAAUUCUAGCUUUGUUGCAUCUCAGAUGAAGAAAGGCGAAUACUUGAUAAUUUUAUUCAUAGUCAAUUGACAAUUAUUUUUUGAUCUACUGUAUCUUCAAUUUUAUUUGUUUGUUUGCCUGUUGUGUUUAGGUUAGACCCAAUCAUAUCACAUGUUCCUGUGCAGGAACUGAAGUUGUCUGCCGUUCGAUUUGCUGUCAAUUCAGAGGUGAUUCUCCCUUUCAAAGAAUUAUUUCUCGAUGAACUGACGAAUAAUUACCAAAUAGCUAAAUUUCUUUGAAGGAUUCACGCUAUGGUUUGUCCACCAUAGACCUUAGCUUAAAAUUUUUUCAAGUUCACAGCAACAAUCUGCGUUGAUCCUCUCCAAUCCAUAUCCAUUUUGGUUCCAUAAUUGUUUUUUCUUACCUUUCCGUCGUUUUUUUCUAACCUUUCCUUGGCACUGAGGCUUUUUUUUUCUCUUUUGCCAAAAAGCGACUCGAAACAUUACAAUGUAGCUUCAAUUUAAACCCAUGGCUACAAAUUAAUUGUCUUCUGUAACUCAGAUCCAGACCAUUUUAGUGGGUGACUCGGAAGGCCAGGUUACUGUGUAUCAACUAAGAGGUCUUCCUGCAAAAGUGGACAACCAGGUAUAAAGUUUUCCUUAGCUGUAUUGGCAGCGUUUAUUGUUUAGGUAAACUUCAUCUACAGAUCAGCAGUGGGUAAAUCGAUAAUAUCUGCAUAUCACAUGGAAUCGUGUAAAGAAUCAAAGCAUGGUCGCAAGAGCGCGUUAAAAUAUGUUUUGGAUGUGUAAAUUGACACCAUUAAAAAAGGCCCUGCAAAGGGCUAACCAUUUGCGAAACGCGAGAUUAUCUGAACUAAUACUGCUGCGGUCGUAACGCGUGCGAUUUUCUUGGCUAACACAUCUGUCUCGAAACGUGCAUUUGCCUUGAGACUUGCUACUGGUGCGACACGCGUGUCGUUGGUGGGAGUGGGGCCGUCUCGGCACCUUAAGGUAUUUAGGUGUUGUCUAGACACGCGUGAAAAUCUCGAAACGCGCGGCUGUCUCUUCAUGCGUGAUUGACGCCUCGUGUGAUUGACGACUUGCCCAACUUACCACUAGCUGCUUUUUUCUCCUCGCAAAUAUUUCAAAAGUAAUUUUUUUAAGAAAGAAGAUUUUAACUCCACCAUAUCAUCACAAAUAGAAUUUCAGUCCAUCUUUUCUACUAAUUUUCUUAUUCUUCUUUCUUUGGUUGCACAAUCACUCCUUUCUCCCCAGAAGUCCUCAAGAUUUUUAUAAACUUUGGAUGGUAUUGAAAUAUUGUUGAGUGCAGCGCACAUAUGGCAAGUCCAUGAUUCGGGAAGAACCGGUUUGUAGCGUUUUCUCCAUGAAAAAUACUCGUUGUAAGCUUUCUCGUUUCUUUCCAGGAAAAGUAAAUAAUCAGCUAGAGUUUUAAUCGACGCGAAAUCCAAAACGUUGAUAAAAGAGCCAGGUAUAGCGAUUUUCUGGUCGUACGAAGCGCCUCCGAAAACUACCGGCACAAUAUCGUGGUCAAAUGGCAUGUACCAGUACUUUUCGGUCACGUAAUCCGAGCAGUAUGAAUUUUCAAAUGCAAGGAUAAAUUUAUAGCGUUUUAACGUAUCGUCGCAAGCCGAAGAUUGCCUCGGACACGUUUCAGUUUGGUUAAAUCUCUUUGAACACCAUCCAAACACAUCCACUUUGACGUAUUUCAUGAGUUUUUUGACGAACUCUUCGCGCAAACCCUGGCAGUGACUCACAACCCAAACCACAAGUCUAUCUUUGCUCGAUGCAUAAUUUCUAUCUUGCGUUUCCUCGUUUUCAAUCUCGUCGGGCUGAAGUUGGGUGUACGUUCGGUAGGGCACGAAGAAAUCCGAAUCCCUCCGAUAGGACAUAGUCCAGUUAAAAAACCCGUUAUACAGCCAUGGUUCGUAAAAAGUAAAUUGAGGGCUUUCAUGUAUAAAAUAAACCCAUCUCUGAUGUGGAGUUUUAUACUUCAUUAUGCGUUUCAUGUGAGAAACACUGGGUAAAUCUCGUCCGUGGAAUAUCACUGCAUCACUCCGAUUAAGGUCUUUCCGGUUGUAAGAGAUUCUACAUGCCUGCACAACACAAGGUAUUCGGUUCCAGUUUGUGAAAUUGUAAUCGUUAGAAAGUCCUCGCCAUGGUCGUUCACCGAAUAAAGUCGUGUAGAAAAGAACGAGUUUCGAAUCAUUUCUCCUUCGUAAUGUCUGCGGCCCGCUGCUGAAGAAUAAUUUUGUAGCUAUUCGCUGAUCGGACAUCUUUCUCGAUUGUAUUUUGCUGUCGAGGAACCAGUAUUGUAGGAUUAAAAGAGAGCUUCCCAAGCUAAUGCUGUAAAAUAAUAAUCUAGCUUUCCAAUUGCCUGCCAUGGCUUUUACGGUUUGUCAGGGCUUGAGCUUUUAUUUGGAAAAGAGAUUGAUUCAAUGGGAUUGUUCCACUAUGAAAUUGGUAACCUAGCGACAUAUUCAUCGAAAAAAGAAAAAACAAAGUCAAUAACCCUCCCUUAAGAAGAAUUUAGAUAUUCCUUUUUACUUAUUGCUUCGUUUUAUAUCAACUUUCACAAAAAAUUUCUUUUGAAGGAGGCGGGAAGGGGGAAAAAGCGAAAACAUUCCUCUCCUAGCCAAAUUUUGUUUCCAAAAACAUCCGCUCGCGGUUUACAGAUUGAAUUUGAAAUGGCUUUUGUUCUUGAUGAUGUGCGUGCCUAAUAUCUUAAAAUUUUAAUAUUCUUUAACGAGGAGUGUAUCGGUCAAUUCAGUCUGCCUCUAACUCAGAAAACCACGAACGCGUAAAUGUUUAAAAUGUUAAUCGUGAUCUAAUCAAUAGUGGCAACCACAAAUUCACAGAUUGUUUACGUUGUCAUUUGAGCUUAUAAUCGCAGCUUCACCUUCGUGUAAAUUAACUACAUUACUUAAAUAUUUCGAAAUGUAGAUCUCAAUAAAUUGUAAUUUAAGAAAAACAAAUUCCUGCUUAAAACAAUCACACGAAGGUUUUGGUUUGUUGCGGUCAGCGAAAUUUGUAGAUAAUCAAAUUGCAGUGUAAUUUACUGAGCUUGACUUAUGGUUGCGUGUCACGCCUUCAGAGUCGCAGCUUUCAGUCGCAAGUUUUUAAUGGUCGCCGGUCAUAAAUUACAGCGCAGUACGGUUGAGAAAAACUCUAGUUCUAACUCUGUAUGUUUAGAUAGUGGUAGAACUUUCCUAAAAAAAAAAAUAAUGCGAUAUUUAUUCUUUAUUUCUACAGGCGCAGAUAUUGACCAAGUUGAUCAGGUCUGUCGAUAAUUCCGCAGGAUCCCAAGAGAAAAGGAAGGCAGAUUCGGAUUAAAAAAAAAAACUCUGGAAACCGAGUCGCUUUGAUGAGUCAUUCUUUGACUUACGUGGCUCGUAAGUGUCGGUAAAAUCCAUACAUAGGUGUGAGCGCCGGUAACUAUUACAUGAAAGCUGUUUUUUUAUGUAAAAUAUCAAGGAAAAACCGCAAAAGGAUUUUUGAACUCUCAUAGGUUUUAUUGUCCGACAUGAAAAAAAAAGUUUGUGGUGUUUAAGAAGUCACGAAUGCGGACUUUAAAAUUUCAAGGGAGUUCGUAGGAUGAUCUAUAGCGAAUUAGGUUACCAACGUCUUUAACGCAGUUGUUUGAAGGCCAAGAUCACAGAUUUUAAUAGCAAAGAAGCUAUGUUAUGAAAAACAAACAUACAAACAAAAAAUUUGAUAAUUCUAAAAAAAAAGAGGUUUGUACUUGAAUAUAGGUCAGAAUUAAUGUGUUAUUUAUUUUGUAUAAAGUGUAUCUUACAUAAAAUCUUUCUUGAUAUAGAGAAACGACUUGUCUUAAAUAAAACAGGAC